AUGAGACUCGUCAUCCGAGAAGACUACGACGGCGUUUCCGAGUACAUCGCCCAAUACAUCAAGCAUCGUAUCAUCGAGUUCAACCCAACUCCCGAGCACCCGUUUGUCAUUGGCCUCCCAACCGGAUCUUCGCCGAUUGGUGUCUACAAGCGCCUGGUUCAGUACUACAAGAACGGCGAGCUCUCGUUCAAGAAUGUAAUCUCCUUCAACAUGGACGAGUACGUCAGCAUCCCGAGGGACCACCCCGAGAGCUACCAUUCAUUCAUGUGGAACAAUCUGUUCAAGCACAUCGAUAUCUUGCCCGAGAACGCCCACGUCCUGGACGGCAACGCACCCGAUCUGGAGCACGAGUGCCAAAAGUACGAAGAAAAGAUUGCUGCCGUUGGUGGCAUCGAGCUAUUCCUCGGCGGCAUCGGUCCGGAUGGACACAUUGCCUUCAACGAGCCGGGAUCGUCGCUCUCGUCGCGAACCCGCAUCAAGACCCUGGCCUACGAGACCAUUAUCGCCAACUCUCGCUUCUUUGGCGGUGACGUGAACAAGGUUCCCAAGCUGGCCUUGACGGUCGGCGUUGCCACGGUCAUGGACGCCAGAGAAGUCAUCGUUCUCAUCACGGGUGCCCACAAGGCCCUCGCCCUGGCAAAGUGCAUUGAGGAGGGACUCAACCACAUGUGGACUGUCUCGGCGAUCCAGCUGCAUCCCCGUGGCAUGAUUGUCUGCGACGAAGACGCCACGCUCGAGCUCCACGUCAAAACGGUGCGAUACUUCAAAUCGAUCGAGAAGGUCCACGAGCUCUUGAUC